AUCUGAAAAUUAAUCUUUGUUUUUUGCCUAGAUGGUAAACCUAUGCUACGCCAGGGUGACACGGGUGACUGGAUUGGAACAUUUCUAGGUCAUAAAGGUGCUGUCUGGGGUGCCACUCUGAACAGGGAUGCCACUAAAGCAGCUACAGCAGCUGCAGAUUUUACAGCCAAAGUAUGGGAUGCUGUUUCAGGGGAUGAACUGAUCACACUGGCUCACAAGCAUAUUGUCAAAAGUGUGGAUUUUACUGAGGACAGCAAUUACUGUUGACAGGUGGACAAGAUAAAUGUUUGCGUAUUUAUGACUU